UUUUUCAAAUCUCUCCCUUUUUAAUCUACUGGUAUCCAUCUGAAUUUAGAAUGUUAGCAGGCUCAGUUGAUACACAUCGACUUGCAUUUAUCUCUUUGUUAAAUGGGAACCAAUCUAAUUUUUCUCAAAAAUGAUAAUGGUCCCAAUCAGAGGCGGAUUAAAAUGGCAGUUGAAAUGAACUAGACUGUACAGAUGCCGAAAACUGAGAUUUUCUCUCAGACGAUCAAACAAUCUAUGGUUUUAGCUCUGAUAUUUAACUUAGUGGCAGAUAUAGCCGGUCUGAAAUGUCACCAGAGUGAUCUUCUCCCUGUUCCUCAUGAGUGGUACGAGCCAGCUGACUUCCUCAUUGGUGGGAUGGUCUCUCAGUUUGUGUAUGCGUUCAGAGAAGAUCUAUUUGAGGAAAUGCCUUCACACGUCUCAGCUGACUUUUCUGAGUCCUUCAAGAGAGUGAAAAUUGGAUGGAUCAAUCCAAAUGGACCCCAAGAAGAUGAAUUUGUCAUCAGUGACAAUAUGAUUUUGUGGCCUAGAGCUUUCAAUCAGGUCUGUCCCCUUUCAGUGUGUAAUGAACAGUGCCAUCGUGGAAAACACAAGAAAAAGAAGGAAGGGGAAAAAUUUUGUUGCUAUGACUGUGUUCCUUGCCCUGAAGGGGAGAUUUCAAACAAAACAGAUAUGGAAAAAUGCCUCAAAUGUCCAGAAGACCAAUACCCAACCAAAGGAAAAGAUGACUGCAUUCACAAAGUUGUAACAUACCUUUCUUACAAGGAACUUCUAGGGUUUUCUUUGGCCUCCAUUUCUAUUUCAUUGUUGGUGAUCACUGUUCUCAUAUUAGGAAUAUUUCUUAAGCACAGAGAUACCCCUCUGGUCAAAGCCAACAACCGGGACCUCACCUACAUUCUCCUUAUCUCCCUCCACUUCUGCUUCCUGUGUCCUCUCCUGUUCAUUGGUCGACCCAGUGAAGUCACUUGCCUUCUCCGACAACCAACCUUUGGCAUCAUCUUCUCCGUGGCUGUUUCUUGCAUCUUGGCCAAAACCCUCACUGUGGUUGUAGCCUUCAUGGCUACCAGGCCAGACUCCAACAUGAAGAAGUGGGUGGGAAGAAGGAUGGCAACCUCCAUUGUCCUUUUCUUCUCUCUCAUCCAAGUUAGCCUUUGUGCCAUCUGGCUAGGAUCAUUCCCUCCAUUCCCACAGUUGAACAUGCAUUCUGUGACCGAGGCCAUCAUCAAUGAAUGUAACGAAGGCUCUCCGGUCAUGUUCUCCUGUGUCCUAGGCUACAUGGGCUUCCUGGCUCUUGCCAGCUUCUUUGUGGCCUUCUGUGCUCGCAGAUUACCGGACAGCUUCAAUGAAGCCAAAUUCAUUACCUUUAGCAUGCUGGUAUUUUGCAGUGUUUGGGUGCUAUUUGUUCCAACUUACCUGAGCUCCACGGGAAAAGCCUUGUCAGCUGUGGAGAUCUUCUCCAUUUUAGCUUCUAGUGCUGGAUUACUGGGAUGUAUCUUUUUCCCUAAAUGCUACAUCAUUCUGUUGAGACCUGAGAUGAAUACCAGGGAUCAGCUGGUAAGAAGAAAGAACUGAAGAAUUCAAUUCGUUUACUUUCUAGUAGAAUAUUGAUUAGUAUGUGUAACAUUUUGGGAUCAAAAAUUCAUUGUAAUGUCAUUUAUAUUUCCUAAUAUUAUUCAACUUCUUUACCAAGAUUUAUGGUGAAGAUAAUAAGAAUAAAGAGUUACAAUAUUAGAUA